AAGAAAUCAAAUCCAGUUCCGCCACGUAUCCAAAAUCAGUACUAACAGUUCCUACGUGGCAUCUUGUGAGCCUAGAUCGUACUCCGUGAGCGCAAGUCUCGGCAACACUAGAUCGACUCCCCGUUCUUCAUGAUUGACCCCGCUAGUGAAAUUUAGUUGACGAAGUCCCCUAAGGAGCAGAAGAUCUCUGCCGGAAGCCAGACCUGCUCCUGCUUCUGCUCCGGAAUUUGGUCGAUCUGUCUGCUCCAUUACUUGAGAGAGUUGAGGAAAGAUCGAAACUGGUGAAGAUAUAGCCAGCGCUAGCCAGGGAUCAGAGCGGCAGUAGUUGUUGAAAAUGGCGGGCUACGGGGAUCCAAGUCAGAAAGUGGACUACGUCUUCAAAGUGGUGCUGAUCGGAGACUCGGCCGUCGGGAAAUCUCAGAUACUCGCUAGAUUCGCGAGGAACGAGUUCAGUCUCGACUCCAAGGCCACGAUCGGCGUUGAGUUCCAGACCAGGACUAUGGUUAUCCAGCACAAGAGCGUCAAGGCUCAGAUCUGGGAUACUGCCGGCCAAGAGCGAUACCGAGCUGUCACGAGUGCAUACUACAGGGGAGCCGUAGGGGCAAUGCUGGUGUACGACAUAACCAAGCGUCAAACCUUCGAUCACAUCCCACGCUGGCUAGAAGAGCUGCGGGGCCAUGCUGACAAGAAUAUAGUCAUCAUACUGAUUGGCAACAAGUGUGAUCUCGAGGAUCAGCGGGCAGUAUCCACGGAGGAUGCCAAGGAGUUCGCCGAGAAGGAAGGCUUGUUCUUCCUGGAAACCUCCGCGCUGAAUGCAACAAACGUCGAGAGCGCCUUUGUGACCGUGUUGACAGAGAUCUUCAACAUUGUGAACAAGAAGAGUCUAGUGGCCGACGAGAGUCAGGGCAAUGGCAACCCGGGGUCAUUAGCUGGUAAGAAAAUCCUUGUACCUGGCCCCGCACAAGUGAUUCCGGCCAAGAGCAGCAUGUGUUGCACCUCGUCGUGAAAACGUUAACUGAGAGGGGUGAGUAAUUCGAAAGGGGACUAGUGGAUUUUUUUCGAUAGCAGAAUUUUUGGAAGCGUGUGAUGUAUUUUGUUUUGUAAAUUUCCCGUUUUGCCUAUUGAUUUGUACGGUCUUAUUAUAUGGAAGCUAGGAACUUUACACAUUGCUUUGUAAUUGAAAAUUUCCUCGUCCGAACAUGAGCAGUUAUCUACUACUUGUUUCUGCCUUUUUUUUUUUUAA